ACCAAAACAACAAACUUUGAAGUGAAAAGUGCAAUUUCGUUGCGGCAUUUACAAUUAAUUAAUCACAAUCAUUUACGCAUGUCUGCGUUAAGAAACCACGAGUAUGAUUGCACCGCCAAGUGCCGUCAGCGACAGCAUGGCAACUGCAUUACUGCGGCACUCACUAAACGCUCCAUCGAUGAUCAAAAGUUGGCGACUUUUAUUGCCAAAACUUGUGCAAACUUUUGCAAUAUUCCGGACUAUUUGGGUCGCACCGCCGUACAUAUGUGUGCUUCCGUCGCCAGAUAUAGGAUACUGGAAUGGCUACUGAAUCAGGGUGCAUUUGUUAACGAGCGGGAUUGGGAAUCGGGCUUUUCGCCACUGCAUAGAGCUUUAUUUUACGGCUCCAUCGAUUGCGCCGUAUUAUUGCUGCGUUACGGUGGUAGCUUGGAAGUGCUGGAUGAGGAUACACGUUGUCCGCUGCAGGCCAUAUGCCGCAAAUGCGACCAAGAGCAGCAGGUUGAGUCGCAAAACGAGGCGCUCGUUUGGGGCUCGAAUAGAAACUAUAAUCUGGGCAUUGGCAACGAGCAGAACACACUGACGCCACAAUCGCUGGAUUUCUUUCGCAAGUCGAAUCUUUGGCUGGAGCAAGUGGCUCUGGGACCCUUUCACAGUCUCUUUCUGGAUAAGCGCGGACAUCUCUAUGCAGUGGGGCAUGGCAAGGGCGGCCGCUUGGGUAUUGGUGUGGAGAAUAGUCUGCCUGCGCCCAAACGUGUCAAAGUGCCACUCAAACACAACGAGGAGCGCAUAAUAGGCAUCAGCGUCUCGCGCCAGCACUCGUUGCUCCUAACCAAUCGCUCGUUGGUCUUCGCCUGCGGCUUGAAUGACCAACAGCAGCUGGGCGUCAGGGAUGCCGGGGACUAUUUAACCACAUUCAAAGAGGUAGUGGCUCUGAGGGAUAAGGGCGCGAGUCAGCUGCUGCGUGUCAUUGCCUGUGAUCAGCACUCGAUUGCGUAUAGCUCGAAGGCCGUCUAUGUCUGGGGCGCCAAUCAGGGGCAGUUUGGCAUUAGCGCCAAUACGAAAACCAUUGCAGCUCCCACACUGUUAAAGCUAGCGGAUCGCACCUGCAUACGCUUCGUGGAGGCGAACAAUGCCGCGACUGUUGUCUACACCGAGGAGAAGUUGAUACUGCUCUUCUAUAUGGACAAGCCUAGGACCAUUAAGACUCCCAACUACGAGCACUUAAAGAGCAUCUCUGUUAUGGGCGGCCACAUAAAGAACUCCACCAAGGGCUCUGCUGCUGCCCUGAAGCUGUUGAUGCUAACUGAAACGAACGUGGUUUUUCUUUGGUACGAGAAUACGCAACAGUUCUACAGAUGCGUCUUCUCUCCUGUUCGCAUGCCACAAAUCAAGCGCAUCUUGUACAAAUGCAAUCAGGUGCUGCUGCUCUCGAUGGAUGGCUGCGUUUAUCGUGGCAAAUGCCAUCAGCUAGUCUUGCCCGCCAUCUCUCAAGAGAAAUCGAAGCCCAAUUUGGAUAUAUGGCAAAACAACGAUCAGCAUCGCACAGAGAUCUCUAGGGAACAUUACAUUCGCAUCGAUUUGCAGCGUGUGCCAAAUGUGGAUCGUGUUGUGGACAUUGUGUGCGACGAGAGCUUCGCCUCGUUUGCUGUGCUGCAAGAAUCGCAUUUCAAAUACUUUCGAAAGCCCGCGUUGCCACGACGCGAGCACAGCUUCAAGAAGCUCUACCAUGACACGAGCGAAGCGGACGCUGUGCAUGAUUUAGUCUUCCAUGUGGAUGGCGAGCGCUAUGCGGCGCAUAAGUUUAUCAUCUUUGGACGCGCUCCGGGCUUGAGAGAACUAAUUCGCAAUUAUUUGGAUAAGGAUAUCUAUUUAAAUUUUGAGAAUUUAACUGGCAAAAUGUUUGAGCUGGUGCUGAAGCAUAUCUACACAAACUAUUGGCCCACAGAGGAGGACAUUGACUGCAUGCAGCAGAGCUUGGGUCCAAGCAAACCUGCUCAGCGCAGUCGUGUCUGUGAAAUGUUUCAUGCACAUCUGGAAAAGUUUCAACUCCAUGAGCUGGCCAAAUAUGUCAACAACUACCUCACCGAGCAGCAGUUCCCAAUGCCGCCUCGGCUACGUUUCCAUCGUCUGCAGCGUUCGCAAUAUCCAGAGCUCUACGAUGUGCGCAUUGUCUGCGAGGAUAAUCAGGUUCUAGAAGCUCACAAAUGCAUCCUCGUGGCCCGUCUCGAAUACUUUGAAAUGAUGUUCAUGCACUCGUGGGCCGAGCGCACCACAGUUCACUUUGAUGGCGUGCCCUUUGAGUAUCUGGAGCCGGUGCUGGACUAUCUCUACAGCCUCGACACGGAGGCGUUUUGCAAGCAAAACUAUACGGAAACGUUUCUAUAUAAUAUGAUAACGCUCUGUGAUCAAUACUUCAUUGAAUCGCUGCAGAAUGUCUGUGAGUCCCUGAUUCUGGAUAAGAUUAGCAUUCGGAAGUGUGGCGAGAUGCUCGAAUUUGCCACAAUGUACAAUUGCAAGCUGCUGCAGCAGGGCUGCCUCGAUUUCAUCUGCCAGAAUCUGGCGCGCGUACUGUGCUAUCGCAGCAUCGAGCAGUGCGAUCCGAAUACGCUGCAACGUCUCAAUGACCACUAUCGAAGGAUGUUUCAGUCGGUCUUCGACUACAGACAGAUCACGCCGUUUUCCGAAGCGAUCGAAGAUGAGAUGCUGCUCAGCUUUGUGGACGGCUGCGAAGUCGAUCUGGAUUAUCGAAUGGAUGCGGAGGCCAAGCUAAAGGAAGCUACGAAGCAAAAGCAAAAGGAGUUGCACAACAAGCAGGAUGCACGCCAUUAUGAGCAGCAGGCAAUAUCCAGCAUGAUGCGUUCGCUGAGUCUAAGUGAAACAGCUGGACCAGCACCAGCAGCAGCAGCCACACCAACCUCCCCCGAGUCAGCGCCAAGUGAGACUAAAAAUUGGUCGCGCGUCGUGGACAAAAAGGAGCAAAAGCGCAAACAGGCCGAGACAGCGGUCAAGCUCAACAAGGUGCUGAAGCAGGAGGAGCAGCCCGCACCGGAGCUUGUGCCCAUAUCGCCACGUGCCAUGCCCGCGAAGGAAGCAACGCCACCACCGCAAUCCGCCAGCAGUUCAGCCGAGUGCAGCACGCCCUUGAGCAAGAGCUACAAUCUGGAUCUAAGUUCCUUAAUGCCGCAGUCGGCCAAGCUGUCGCAGAAGCAACGGAAACGUCUCUCCUCUGAGUCGCAGAGCUGGCGGGCGCCAGUGGAGCUGAAUAGCUCCACGCCUGUCGCUGUGCCCAAUGCUUGGGGCGUCACGGCCAGCUCACCGAAUUCAUCAUAUGCCGAGCCCUUCAGCUCUCCCGCAGCUGCUCCCACGGGCAGCAGUGCAGAUCCCACAUCCUUUGCCAAUAUGAUGCGUGGCGGACAGGUAGCCAGCCCACCAGAGGCCGGCAACAGCUUCUCGCAGAUCCUCGCCGAUGAGCGUCGUCAGCGCGACAGCUACGAGCGCAUGCGCAACAAAUCGCUCGUGCACACCCAGAUCGAGGAGACGGCCAUUGCAGAGCUGCGCGAAUUCUACAAUGUGGACAACAUAGACGAUGAGAUAAUCACCAUCGAGCGCAAGUCGAGGCCCAGCAAUAUUAAUUUUACCACCUGGCUGAAGCAUUGAGUAGUUGCUAAUACAUUUAUUUAGGUGUGAGUGCGUGUGUGUGUGGAAGUGUUUGUGUGGAAGUGUGUGU